AUGGAAGCAACAGAUGGGGUCCCGGACAAGCUGGCGGGAGAUACUGUGCGGUAUGUGUCGUUCAAUGUCAACGGAGCCAACACUGUGUUGAAUUACAAGCCGUUUAAUAAGUGCAAAGACUGGAAUGAAGCAUUGUUGAAAGUAUUGAAAGCCGAUAUCAUAUCAUUGCAGGAGCUAAAGCUAACGCCUAGUAACUUGGAAGGAAGUAGAUUGGCGCAUCUUGAGGAGUACCGGUCGUUUAUCUCGCUUCCCGACUCGAAGAAAGGGUACAGUGGGGUGGGAUUGUUUAUACGAAAGCCACAGAAGGAAGAUUCUAUCCAGGUGCAGCGAAGCCUAGAGGUUGUGAAGGCGGAAAUUGGGAUAACGGGGCAUCUUAUUCAUCCUGGUUCCAAAGUGAAGUAUAUUGAAAUGGGAGAUGAUGAGAAAAUUGGUGGGUACGAUGAGGAAAUGGAUGCAAAAAUGGCGGUUUCGUUGAUUGACCAUCAAGGAAGAUGCGUUGUAGUUGAGUUGGGUGAUAAUACGAUAGUUUUUUCAGUUUAUUGUCCGGCCAAUUCCAAUUUAUCAACUGAAGGCGAUGAGCAGCGAUGGUUGUUUUUGAAUCAGCUAUUCAAACGGAGUCAUAAUUUACAUAAGAUGGGUAAAAAAAUUAUAAUAAUGGGAGAUUUGAAUGUUUGUUUAAGUUUGAUUGAUCAUGCAGAACACUUGAGCCAAUUUGUUAAAGUGCAAAAGGCUAAAGUGGAGGACGAUUUCGAAAGUAGAUACCUGAAUGAAUGCCUUGAAUUCAUUAAACAGAGCAGAUUUAGAAAGUUAUUUAAUAAUUAUGUGAUCAGAGAGGGUAAUGAAACAGAAUUCCUAUAUGAUACUACUCGAGUGGUUCAAAAGCAACGAAGGAACAUGUAUACUGUUUGGAAUACAUUGACCAAUGCCCGUCAAUCCAAUUAUGGAUCAAGAAUUGAUUUUAUUCUAGCCAGUGAUUCAACAAUGGUGGAAAAUAUCAAAGACUCCAAUAUUUUACCUGGUGUAUAUGGGUCUGAUCAUUGUCCGAUAUACACAGACUUUGAUGUUUCGAAUGUCCAGGGCAUUGACCAAGUUGAAUCUAAAUCAAGUUGCUUGGAGGCCAAAAACUAUUAUAAGUUAGGGAAUAAGGUUGAUAUACUGACCUUGUUUAGAUCGUAUAAACCACAAAGGAAACAAGAAACAGGAACCAAACGCAAGGCUUCAAUCCAGUAUGAGUCUAGAAAGAGGAAACCCCCACAACCAUCAAUAUCUGCAUUUUUCAGCAAAAGAACUCAACAACAAGAAGAAGAAAAAGAAGAAGAAAUAAAUCAAGAUGAGUUGAAUCGGCUUAUUGAAAAUAGUGAAAAACGAAGUAAUUUUAUUUCGUCAUUAGCGACCGUUUAUGGGGAUGCACCUAAGUGUAAUCAUGAUAAGCCCUGUAAUUUAAGAACAUCGUUAAACGCUAAAACCAAGGGUAAGAAAUAUUGGUGUUGUUCAUUAACAAAUGUUGAAGCCAUUAAUAAUAAUGAUAAUAGAUGUAAUUACUUUCAAUGGUUGAAUAAAUAA